AUGGCGGUGACUUCAGAUCAAGACAACUUCUCCAACGUCUCGUGGAGCGAGCACGCCCAGGAAGGCGAAUCGGCCGGCGGCGGCCACGUCACGGACGACGCAGGACUUGGAUUCAAUGCCGAGUCCAAUACGGCAGGGGCCGAUACGCACCGCCUGGGGAGCGAGCGUUUGGAGUGUACGGUCGACACGCCCAUCAAGGAGAAUGACGGGACCAAGGACGCCUUUGUGUCGUACCUGAUUACCACGAGCUCGACCUUCCAGUCCUUUCAGCGAGAGCACACAUCGGUCCGCCGCCGCUUCACUGACUUUGUCUUCCUAUACAAGCAGCUGACGCGCGACUUCCCUGCGACCGCGGUGCCGCCGAUCCCGGACAAGCAGCGCAUGGAGUACGUGCGGGGCGACCGGUUCGGCAGCGACUUCACGUCGCGGCGGGCUCACUCGCUGCAGCGAUUCCUGACGCGGCUGUCGCUGCACCCCACGCUGCGCCGCGCGCCCAUCCUGCACAGCUUCUUGGAGAGCCCGGACUGGAACGCCACGAUGCGCAGCCAGCUGGCCCGGCACAGCAACGGCGGGGGCGACAUGGGGGUCGGGAGCGGCGGCGGGGGCGGCGGCGGGGGAGGCGGCCAGGGUGGCGGCCCUUCUGGCGUCUUCGAUAACUUCGCCGACACCUUCAUCAACGCAUUCACAAAGGUCAACCGGCCGGACCGGCGGUUCCUGGACGUCAAGGACAAGAGCGACAAGCUGGAUGAGGACCUGGCGCACAUCGAAAAGGUGGUGUCGCGCGUGGCCAGGCGCGAGUCGGACCUCGAGACGGACAUGCGCGACCUGGCCGAACAGUUCCAGCGGCUCAUGGCCCUCGAGCCGGGCGUGGAGCCGGCCGUGCGCGCUUUCGCCUUCUCGGUCGAGGACGCCGCCUCAGGCCUCCGCCGGCUCCAUGACGUCACCGACCAGGACUACCUCGGCUCCCUGCGCGACAUGCAGGCCUACUCCCUCAGCCUGCGCCAGCUCCUCAAGGCCCGCGAGCAGAAGCAGCUCGACCACGAGCAGCUGUCAGAGUACCUAGCCAAGUCUACGGCCGAGCGCGACGCCCUCCAGGCUCAGCACGCCGGCCACGGCGGCUACGCCGGCACUGGCGUCAGCGGCGCGGGCGGCUACCUGCGCAACAAGUUCGAGGACGUGAGGGGCGUAGACCACGAGCAGUCCCGUCGCGAGAGGGCCCGCAAGCUCGAGCUCCGUGUCGACGAGCUGACGGCCGAGGUCGAGCGCGCCCGCGCCACAUCGGACCUCUUUGACGAGGAGGUGGUGCACGAGGUGGACGAUUUCGAACGCAUCAAGCGCAUCGAGUUCAAGACUCAGCUCGGCGGACUGGCUGACGCCCACAUCGGCUUCUAUGGUGACUUGGUCGACCUGUGGUCCAAGUAUAUCCUGCAAAUGGAAGGCGGGUCUCACGCAACUGUCACUUAA